AAAAUAAAGAAAACCAGUAUAAAUAGCAAGAAAUAUCCCUGUAUCAUCACAAUAAUGAAAGGGGCACGAGAAAAAGAUAAAACCGUGAGAAGAACAUGAGCAAUCUUCCAGUUGUGCUGGUGGUACCUUAUCCAGCACAAGGACAUGUGAAUCCCUUGAUGAUCCUGUCACAGAAGUUGGUCGAGAAUGGUUGCAGAGUGGUUUUUCUGAACACAGAAUUCGACCACAGGCGAGUGGUGAGUUCGUUCGGAGAGCAACAACAACAUGGUACGAACCAGGCGGUGAAGUUGGUUUCAGUUCCUGAUGGGUUAGGAGCUGAUGAUGACAGAAACGAUCUGAGCAAGCUGUGUGAUGGUCUGCAGAACUCCAUGCCAAAAGCACUUGAGAAGCUGAUAGAGGAUAUGAACUUGAAAGGUGAUAACAGAAUCAGCUUUGUUGUUGCAGAUUUGUGUAUGGCUUGGGCGUUGGAUGUUGGAAGAAAAUUUGGGAUCAAAGGAGCAAUAGUUUGGCCUUCAUCAGCUGCUAUCUUUGCCUUGCUGUGGAGUCUUCCCUCUCUUAUUCAUGGUGGGACCAUAGAUUUUGAGGUAAUAUUAACAACGAAAGAGACAAUUCAAAUAUCACCAAGUAUGGCUGAGAUGAACACAGGAGACCUUUUUUGGUUCAACAUGGGAGACAAAAUAGAUGGUAAGAUAAUAUUUCAGUAUCUAAUACACUGUUGUCAAAGCUUAAAUUUGGCAGAAUGGUGGCUCUGCAACACCACACAUGAACUUGAACCUGGUGCAUUAUCAUUUGUUCCUAAGCUCCUACCAAUUGGUCCAUUAUUAAGAAGUUAUGACAGUAAGUUUGGUAUCACAAAAGCAAUUGGACAAUUCUGGGAAGAAGAUCUGUCUUGCAUGAGUUGGCUAGAUGAACAACAUCAUGGUACAGUGUUGUAUGUUGCAUUUGGUAGUUUCACUCAUUUUGACCAAAACCAGUUCAAUGAACUUGCCCUUGGAUUAGACCUCACCAAUAGACCUUUUCUUUGGGUUAUAAGAGAAGAUAAUAAAAUGGAAUACCCUCAUGAAUUCAAAGGGCAUAAAGGUAAGAUAGUUAGUUGGGCUCCUCAACAAAAGGUUUUAAGCCACCCUGCCAUAGCAUGUUUUGUCACUCACUGUGGUUGGAAUUCUACCAUAGAAGGUUUGUCCAACGGGGUACCUUUCUUGUGUUGGCCAUAUUUUGGAGACCAAAUUCAGAACAGAAGAUACAUUUGUGAUGAGUUGAAGGUUGGAUUGGGAUUUGACGAAGACCAAAAUGGAGUUGUGUCAUGCAAAGAGGUAAAAUUGAAAGUGGAGCAAAUCCUUAGUGAUGAGAACACAAAAUCAAGGUCUCUUGAGUUGAAGGAGAAAGUCAUGAACAACAUAGUCAAAGGUGGUGCAUCAUUGGAUAACUUUAAUAGGUUUGUCAAGUGGCUUAAAGAGUAGGAAUUGCCAUUUAAAUUUAAUUUAUGCAUAUUUUAUGUUAGAGAAAACUCUCGCAAAACCUUGGCAAUAUUUUCAAGCAAUUGGAUUUCUU